AUUGCGCACGUGAUAACCGGAUCGUCAGAUUCGUCAAGUCAGAUCGCGCUUUCUUCGGCGCGGCGCGUUUACGUGGUUUCGUGUAGUUUCGUGAACCGUUACAAUAAACGAUUACGCGAGGGAGAAGAUAGAAAGCGAGGAGAACACUAUCUCCUCGAUAGUAUGAAUUGUUGUAAUCUUCUUAUGCGUUACCAUACACACACCCUACCCACUUCGUUGCUAAUUACAUCGUAGGUGUUAUCGGGAAAAAUCAAUUUCCACGCGUUUCUGCGACGCUAUAAUGCAAAGCAAUAUGACGACAGACAUCGCACAUUGUUGUUUCUCACGAAUGCAUGUCGUCGCAUGACAAUGAAUGUGACUGCGAGUUUUUGUGUGUACGAAGGUGGAGGUGUCAGUGAUCUCCCUUAUGUUUCACAAGGGAUACAGAAGUUCAGUGAAUAAGACUUUCAACGAUGGAUUAUGAUUAUAUGCCCUUUCACAGGGAGAAAGACUUUCAUAAUAGGUGUUGUGGUGGAAAACUUUGGUGUAUUAAGGAUAUAUGCGGGAUUAUAUGUGCGGUAUUAACAUGGCUUCUGAUAAUUUAUGCAGAAUUUGUAGUAAUGGCAGUAAUUCUUAUUCCUACUAUAAAUACAUUAUAUUCCAGCCUGAAUAUGGCCAUUUUUCAGUCUCUAGCAUUUUUGGCUUUUGCAUCACAUUUAAGAACCAUGUUUACAGAUCCGGGUGCAGUACCAAAAGGUAAUGCAACAAAAGAGAUGAUACAACAAAUGGGAUUUAGAGAUGGACAAGUUAUCUUUAAGUGUCCAAAAUGUUGUUCUAUCAAACCUGACAGGGCACAUCAUUGUUCUGUUUGUCAAAGGUGUAUUAGAAAAAUGGAUCAUCAUUGUCCAUGGGUCAACAAUUGUGUGGGAGAAAAUAAUCAAAAAUAUUUUGUACUUUUUACUUUUUAUAUAGCGGGCAUAUCUCUACAAUCUCUAUUUUUGUGUAUACAACAAUUCACAACGUGUGUCAGACAAGAAUGGAGGGAAUGCUCCACGUUUAAUCCACCAGCGACGGUAGUGUUAUUGUUAUUUUUGGCAUUCGAGGCACUUUUAUUUGCCAUUUUUACUGCUGUGAUGUUAGGCACACAACUACAAGCUAUUUGGAAUGAUGAAACUGGCAUAGAACAACUUAAAAAAGAGGAAGCUAGAUGGGUUCGUAAUAGUAGAUGGAAAUCAAUUCAGGCAGUUUUUGGAAGAUUUUCGAUAGCUUGGUUCUCCCCUUUUACCUCACCUCCUAAUUCAAAGACAAAAUUAGAUUCGUACCUUUAUUCUGUCUAAAUUAUAUAUUUUGAUACGUAUAACCAUGACUUACAUAGAGGAAUACUUAGUGUACAUAAAUACUAAUUAAUUUUAAUAUUCAUGUAUGUGAUUGAUAUAUAGAAUAAUUCUGAAAACUGAUGGAAAAUAUCAGAAAAAAAUUUUGUGCACACAUGUGUAUAAUGUAAAAUUUAAUGAGCUUUAUCUCUUUAUGAUAAUAUUUUUUUUUACAGUAAAUAUAUUGAUACAUCUGAAAUGAUUGCACAAUAUUUUUAAACAUUUUAUUUUAAUGUUCUUUUUUUUUUAAAUAAUCACAUAAUUUUUAUAUAAAAAUUGAUUUUUCUUAAAAUUUUUUAAAUCAUGCAACAUUUUUCCAUUUUCUAUAAUUAUUCUGUAUAUGUUAUAAUGUAUAAGGACAGAUAUAUUGUGUUCAAUUCUGAGAAUUUUGUUUUGAAUUUCACAAUCAAAUUUUAUAUUAUUUUUCAAACUUUUUAUUAUCGCUAGUAAAAAAGACAUUGUGAUAGUAAAAGUAUUGAAAUUUAAUGCAGUUUAAAGCUUUUCAUCUCUUAUUGACAUAUUGAUUUAUUAUGUCAAAAAUUGUGAAUCUUUUUUUGUGAAAUAUAUCAAAAUAAAUUAGUUUCCAUUAUUCAUAUUCCAUUAUAUUUGAUAAUAUAAAUUGGUAAACUCUUUAGACUUUUGAAAUUGUGGAUUAAUAAAUGGAUAUUAAUCUUGGCCAAUUACUAUAAGGUCUAUUUUUUUUGUAAAUGUAAAACAUGCGAACCAGUUGUAUGCAUAUUUAUUAAGACAUAUAAUAAAGAACCAAGCUUUUGGUAUACUUUAUCAAUUCAUGUUAUCAAAUAUGUGGUGGAAGAUGAAAAAAUUAAUUUACUUUUACAUAUCCUGCAGAAAAAAAGAAAAAUUUAUAUGAUUUCUGACUUCUGACAGAAUUUCAAACUCCUGUUUUAAUGAUAAUGAUAAGAGCUUUAAUAAUUAUUGUAAUUAACUGUUUACAUUUGUUUUUUUUUAUAAAAGGUCUAUUUGUUACUAUAUCAUAUUCAUUUAUUUCAUAUUAAACAAUUGAGAAUUGAUUACACAUAUAUAGGUUGUAAAACAUAAUAUAUGUAAUACAAUUUUUAUAAUUAUAAUGAAAAAUAUGUAAGAAUUCCUUAAUAUAAGAUUCCUUAAUAUAAUUCUUUAAUAUAUGUAGUAUAGAUAUAUGUUUAUAUCUUUUGCGCGCGUGGAAUAUUUGUAAUUUUAUACUAUUAUCCAACAAAAUAUUGUUCCAAUUGCAUUAUAAUAACAUUGACAGAAAAGUACUUAAGAAUAAUAAGGGCUGAAUUUACGUUUUCUACGUCUUUGGAUGCAAUAUUUUUGGAGUGUUAAAAUACAUAAACUUGAAGUAUUAGAAUACAUAAUCAGGCACGAUUUAUAUUUGUACUAUUUACAACUAGUAUGUAUAAAAUGGUUUGCCUUAUACUAUCGUAUAAAGAUUUUUAUUUACUAAAUUUUAAAA